AUGGCGUUUGUCAUGAGGAGAAUGCAUGUGAAGCAAGCAAAGGCAGGGGCACAAGAAUCUUUAGAAGCGCUCGAGGCGACAGCAACGCAGAAGAUGCUGUUAGAAACGAACUUUCGCAUCGCAGAUAUCGAAGGCAUCCUUUACGACGAGGUUCUGGAGAAGAUGAGCGCAGAGAGGAGGUUUCAGAAGCGACGAGUGAUAUUGACCAGAGACAAGAUGAUGUUCUGCCGUGAGAACGACGCCCACGUGAAAGAGUUCAUCCCUCUUGCUGAGAUUGCCCUGAAUGGCGAGCGCAGCUCUACCUCUGCUCAGGACUCUCGCAUGGACCUGCUCAACGAAGAUUCUCCCGGAGCCAUAUAUGAUAUCAACACCGAGAAGGAUGGGUUCAACUCCGGGAGGACCUUCACGUUCCGGCUCUGUAAGGAGCAAAAGAGAGAGCGGGCACGCGCAGGGAGCACAGCAUUCCAAAGGUUUCAAGCGAAAGUCGCAGCGUUUUACUCGUCAAAUGCAGUUCAGGGGUUUGUUGCAGUCUUGAUCUUUGCAAACUUUAUCGCCAAUGCAAUCGAGUCAGAGAUCAAACCAGCGGAAGGAACUCAGGUCGCCAAGAAUUUCUCGACGCUCGAUCUCAUCUUCACGAUCUUGUUCACGAUCGAGCUGUGCCUUAACCUGCUCGCUUCUUGGUUCUGGCCCUUUGUUCAAGACGGCUGGAGCAUGUUUGACCUGGUUGUCGUCACCGUUUCACUCUUGGCCCUCGUGCUCAGCGAGCUACCGGGAGUGAAUGUUUUACGAUUGAUGAGGGCUUUCCGAGUGAUGCGCCUCUUCGGAAGACUAGCUUCUCUUCGCCUCAUCAUUAACUCCCUGUGCUCCUCCAUCGUCCCUGUUCUCAACGCGUUCCUGAUCAUGUUGUUGAUAACUUCCAUCUAUGCGAUCUUGGCCGUUAAUUUCUUCGGGAGUACAAGUCCAGAAUACUUUGGGACUUUCACUGCGGCGCUGCUGACAAUGUUCCAAGUCUGUACUGUCGAUCCUGCGCAGGCCAAGAUGAAAGGCAUGCCUGCAGUCUUCUUCGUCUCUUUCAUUGUCAUCGUCGGCUGGACGCUCUUGCAGGUGGUCGUGGCUGUCCUGCUGGACAACUUCACCGCCGCUGCCGACCGAGAGAAAGAAAGAAUCAUGCAAAUCAAGGCUGAGAAGAACAACCAGAAGGCUCUCGACAUCGACGACUCCAACACUGUCAAUUUCUCUAAGCUCCGCGAAGGCCUACGAAAGUUCAAGGUAGAGCUGGAGGAGGAUGGAGGAGGAUGGAUGGAGGAGGAGGAGGAGGACCGAGAAAUAUGA